CUUCUCCCGGACACACACCACCCCCAACGGCAGCGACCUCGACCACCAAUUCCGCUCGCUAUUCUACUCUCGCUGCCACUGGAUUGAACGCACCGUAUUUCGCUGGGCCGUGACGACCGAAGACGGACUCAGCACACGGGAAACAGGUUGUUUUGGAGGUGAGGAGGCGCAGCUGGCCAUCUGGCCCGCGACCGUCACCAGGAUGGCAGAACAACGACGGUCACUGCUGGACGGCUCCGCGACUCCCACGCAGGAACGUGCGGAUGUGUUCAGUGACGAGCACGAGGUGGAGGACGACGAGUUCGCGUGGGACGGUAUUGCGGACGGCUUCAGGCCCAAUGUCGACAGAGACGAAGGGGUCCCCGACGCGCGCCAAGAGGAGGUAGAUGGUCAGCCCAUUCGCAGUGUCUCUGCACACUACGCGCCCGGAAAUGUGACGCCCACCAUGGGUGCAUCUUCGAACAGGAAUUCCACGAGGAAAUCGAGAACCUACCCGAACCCCUUCUCCAGUCCCGAGGACGAACCUGCGCCGGCACAGCGAAAUCUCAGCCUCGAAUUUGAACGGGACGAUGCGGCUGUACGAAGGUCAAUAUCCUCGGUCUCUUCAUCACAAUUCGCGCCAACGCACUCUCCACGAUUCGGUGCUGGGCCUAGUCAUCCUUACCAGAUCUAUCCACAAACGGCCGUGGGGCGAACUUUGAGCAACGCAACACAAUCAACAGUGGUCGCUCCUUCUGUGCGACAAUCGUAUUCGAACAAUGUCCCCGCUCAUCCAUACGCCAUGUACCCUCAAGGUGUCACUGAGGACAUGGACGACGAGGAGGACACAGAUGACUUUGGCAUAAGGCAGCAGAACCCGGUUACAGUAGGCUUUCCCGGGUUGGGACAAAACUACACGAGACGAUUAGGUCCAGACGGCGAGGACCAAGACUUGAUUGGCGAAGACGGGCAUACAGAACAACUCCCGCCAUAUACACGAUACCCAGAGGACGCACCAGAAAAGGCGCCACUACUAAUGCCCACGGCACCCACGGCACUCCUCAGCAGAGCCCCGGUGGCUGGGACAGAUCCGAGCAUGCCAUUGAUGCACACCAUGAUACAACCAUCACCAACGCCUGCUCCUCAGUCAAUGACUGAUGAGUCUGCGUUGCGUCGUCCAUCAUCAAGGUCAUCAACAAAUCUUCUGAUGCAUUCAGAUAGCUCGUCGGAAAACCUGGACAAAGUUUCCAUGCACAAGACAUGGAAAGAGAAGUCAUGGAAGGAGAAACGAAAAACAAGAAUGUGUGGUUUCGGAAAGUUCAAAGGCGUUGCUUUCCAGUGGAUCCUCGUGGUCAUCUGCGUUUUGGUAUUCGUGGCCGCUCUCCUUGGAGGAGUAAUUGGUGGUUUCGUUGCUGGUGGCGAGCACGCUCGGAACAGCCAAUCGAUCACCGUCGUCACGUCGCUAUACGAUGCUAGUCUCAUCGCAUCACCGACGUCUGGCGCUCCGCCUACGGGUACAUAUGCCCUGACACUCGGCGCUCCCCAGGAAACGCAGAGCGAUUGUCUGUCCAACAAGGGUCAAAGAGUCGCGUGGGACUGCGAUCUAGCACCAAAUUCAGCCCUUGCUAUGGUCGUCCGACCAAGCCCACAAGGUCUUGGUGCUGUGCUUCAGUACGCUUCAUACGAUUCGGCUAUCGCAUACGGUGCUCAGCUCAGCUACAUGAACACCUCAUUCGCGCAAUUCCUUACUGUCCAGGAUCAGGACGACAAGCAGAAUGGACCGGCGUUCUACUUCCAACAAUUUUACGACAAGGUAGUCGUCGUUCCCGAGGCCGCGCUCACUACUAGCAGUGGCAGUAAACGAAGAAUGAAGCGAGGUUGGUACAGCCCAGGCUGGAAACUACCAGAAGCGUGGGCUAGCCGCAAGCAACUCGCCACUCCUGGAGAGAAGCCAUGGUUCUGCGUAUGGAACGAGACACUGCUUGAAGGCUUCAUCUAUGUAACGGAAUCGCUUACCACAAGCACAUCAACAAUACCGACCAGCACCAGCAGUACGAAAUCAUCGACGUCGCCGCCGUCAGCACCGGCAUCAAUAACACCUCCCCCUACAACUAGCGAUACUGGUUCGUACGAUGGCAGGCCGCCAUUCACUGGGUACCCACCGGGUGAUCAGAUAAUCACCAAGACAAUAUCUGCGCCCAUGACCACCGCUACUUACACGGGCCCUGCUUCGAAGUUUGACGGUUGGACGAAUUCCAUCAUGGACGAUGCCAAACGGCGCCUGUUCCAAGCAUCAGCCGAUCCGCACAUGAGAAGAGGAGACGACGACUACGUCGGGCAAGAUUUUUGGAGCACAUUGGAGGUGUUCCCAUUCCUCGUCAAGCUUGAGGAGCGUCGGGUUGGUGGCGCACCAUCACCUUAUUGUCAACAGUAUCAAAUACUGGAUGAUGGUCGGGCAAACUGGGUUUCGGAUCCUGACAGCGGUAAACCCAUCGUAAUUCAACUCGAUGAGGACGACCCCGAGUACGGCAAGAGUGAGAUCACGAGCAAGAACCGGGCUAUGAUGUUCCCACGCGGGGUGCCGAAUGCUUGCCACUGCCAAUGGAUGAGUGGCGAGGGACCACUAUAGCCUCUGUUCCUCUGGAUUGCAGCGGAUCUUAUCCGCUUGCUGGCCUCCAUUCGAAGCUCACCACUUUAGCGUUUCUUGUUUACUUUUUCUGAUGACGGCCACACAGCACAGGCCAGGCGUGUUCACAAGCGAUUUCUUUUUGACAACACUUACAAGGUUGUUCGGCGUUCCACGGGUUCUUCAUACUGGCACCACAUGCAGACGCAAAGUGCACAAUGGAUAUGGGAAUUUGGUUCUGGGAAAUUUCUUUGUUGAGGGCAAGCGCAGGAGCUGGUGAACAUCUGACCACAUUUUUCUUUUUGAUUUCGAAGCAGCUUUUGCACACUCCUGACGAAAAAGCGGAGUCUUGUUUUGGGGAAUGGCAGAAGUUUUGUCCUGUCGAAGGCACUCGAAUAGUGCGGAUUUCUAUGAAUGUAGGAAGAAAGAGAUGGUGGAGGUGGAAAGGAAGGAGAUUUAGUGACAUUGAUACUUUACCGCGUACACAGCGACGUCUUGAUGAAGAUGCAAAAGAGUUCCAGGCAGACAGAGCAAACAUUUAAUCCCAUGGUUGUACUGUAU